AUGCAUCUCGCGAGGGUGCUCUCCGCCACGUGUCGCAAUGCGUUGAAGCAGCGUAGCACCGUGGCUUUACCGCCAUCGCUGCCCGUAUCACUGCAGCAGCAGCGGCGGCACCAGAGCGGGCAGCAGAGCGGGCAGCAGAGCGAGCAGCAGAGCGGCCUCGCGGAUUUCUUCGAACAGGGUCGCACGCCCGACGCGCCCGUCACUACCGGGCGCGGGUGGCAGGCGUGGGAGCUGCGGCACAAGUCGUUCGAGGACCUACACGGGCUGUGGUACGUGCUGCUCAAGGAGAAGAACCUGCUCUACUCGCAGAAGCAGAUGCUGCAGUCGCAGGGCCGCCGCAUGGUGCAGCCCCACCGCAUCCGCCUCGUGAGUUCCCUUGCGCUCUUUACCCCGGCCUUGCAAGCGUCUCAGCAUGACUCGCAAGGCCACGCUAGCCCCACUGCAUCCUCGCUGUGA